AUGACAGAGACCAGAAAGCUGCCCCCACCAUUGCCUCCACGACUGGAUUGGUUUGUGCAGACACAGAUGGGCCAGCUGGCCCAAGGAGGGGUCCCUGAUUGGUUCCAUGGUGCCAUCUCCAGAGAGGAUGCUGAGAGCUUGCUGGAAUCACAGCCCCUGGGAUCCUUCCUCAUCAGAGUCAGCCACAGCCACGUGGGCUACACACUCUCUUACAAAGCCCAAAGUUGCUGUCGCCACUUCAUGAUAAAGGUCUUGGACACUGGGAACUUCGUGAUCCCUGGGGAGAAGAGGACCCAUGACUCCUUGGAUGCUCUGGUCACCUUCCACCAACAGCAGCCUAUGUGGCCCCAUAAUGAGCUGCUAACUCAGCCCUGCGGGCAGAAAGAUCCAGAAAAUGUAGAUUAUGAGGAUCUCUUCUUCUAUUCCAAUGCUUUGGCUGAGGAGGCCUCCAGGCCUGCCCAUGAACCCAGUAGACAACAGAGUCCCUCCUCCUGCCCCAUGGAGGCAUCUGAGCAGGCCUCGCCGCAGUUGGUCCUGCUUCAUCAGCCAAAGGAAAGAAGGUCAUCAGCAAAGAUGAACAGAGUGCCCCCAGAGAAAGCCUCUUCCUCCUACACCCCAAAAGCACCUCUUGAGGGAGCCUGCCAAAAACUCUGGAAGAACUUCAAGAUGCUCCCCCAGACAGGCAAGAAGGUCCAGCAGCAGCUGAAAUCCCACCUGGUGGCCGUGAACUUGUUCUCGCCAUGGGAUGCCAGGCGAGGGGCCGGCAGCCAGAACCACUCAGGUGGCGAGAUCUUGGAAGCUACUGUCUACACGGACUCUUUCGCAUCAUUCCCUGUAAACCUCGCACAACCCCAGGAUGCAAGAAACGCAAAUGUUCUCUCCAGGAAGGCCUUGAGGUCAGCCAGCUGUGGUGAGGUACCUGCCAGAGACAGCAGUUGGCACCACACAUUGGAGAGGUCCCUGUCUUCACAGGUGGGCAAACCAGAAGCAAAGAACUUGGCCGAACCCGAGGAGUGGUUCCCGGAGGAAUACCGCCCACCCCCACCCUUUGCCCCCGGGUACUGCUAG